AUCGGCAUUCAGAUUCUAGACGUAAUAUGUUAUAAAAGCGGCUUGAUAAUUUGAUAAUUGAAUAAACAUAUUAUGAAGUAUAUUUUAUAUUGAACUUAAAUUAAAAUGAAUAAACGUAAUAUGUGAAAAAUGAAUCAAAUAUCUGAUAAUGUGUCAAAACUGCUUAAGGAAUUGCUUCCCUCAUCUGUUUGUAAUGAAGUAGCUUGUUUUGUAUUUUACGAUGAGCAUCCAAGAGAUGAUAGAAACUUAGAUAUCACUGUUUGUUCUAACCGAGGUGUUGUACAAGAAUUUUAUCAAAGGGAAUUAGUUGAUUCAAUCCUCAUAGAAAAUUUGGCGAAAGUGACGGAAAUAACAAUUUUGAGAAAUAUCAAAUGUGACCUAUUUUAUCUAAUAGCUGCUACAAAUGAAAUUAUUAUUAUAUCAAAAAAAGAAAACCUUCAGAUACACCAGAGAAUUAAAAACGUACAUACAUAUAAGUUAGAAGAUUUGGAAGGUAGAGGCCACGCUUCCCUUACAGUAAUUCUAAAUGAUGAUGCAUUUCCAUUGGUUUUUGAUGACAACUUUAGUAAUCCGAGAGAAAGAACUAUAACCAUGGACUCAGACAAGGCUAAAGGGUCCCAUCCUAUUGAGAACCAGUUAUUGAGAAAAUUAAAUGAAGCUAAUUAUACUACGAAAUGUAAUGAAAAUAUAUUUAAGGAAUAUUUAAAAUUACGUCAAAUGGCUACAUUUUCAAUUUUUCAAAGGUCACAAACAAAUUUAGAGAACUCAUUUUUUAAACUUGGGCCGAAUGAGAUAUCAAAUGCCUUGAAAAUUAAAGCAAAACCUCCAACUGUAAAACUUUGCAAUAAAAAAAUCACAAUAAUCACAAGUAUAAUAAAUAAAAAUACAGAGCCAAUUACAGAUAUCAGUGUUCUUCUUCAUGGUACAUCGAAGCAUUCAUUAGCUUAUACAACAAAGAUAUUCAACCAAAUACCUAGACCGCCUUAUUGGAAGGAGAAUAAAUCACAGAUUGAUAGCUCUAAUGAAUCCACAGUCGUUGCUGUUGUCGAUUUAAAAGAAAUACAAUACAAUGUAAUGAGUAGAAUAGAUUUUGAUAUAGUUGUUUCUUUUACAAAAGAAGAAAAGGACUUUCUAUUACCACUUGAAUGUGUUAGAAUUUCUGCUCUGGACAUAAUGGGACCGAAUUUUGAUAUAUUAUCAGUCGGGGAAGAAGAAAGUGAUCUUUUGAUGUUAGCUAUAAUUGCUACCUCAGUGAGAGUAAACUUAUGUCUUAGGCAUAUAAGAAACCUAGAAAAUGACAAUGUGGUAACACUAUGGGAAAUAUUUUGUAAACAUUUAAAAAUGGAUUCAUUGGGCAUGGAUAAUGUUGCCAUAUAUAAAACAUCACCUCAUCACAUUCUAUAUGGUGUGAUGAUUGUUUUUCAAGAUAAUAUUAGUGAACCCGAUCAUAUCAUGAAUAUUCAAGUUUAUUCCAGGUCAUAUUCGCAGGUGUUGGCAUUAAUUCAUUAUAUGUAUGAUUUAAUUCCAUACACUAUUAUAGCGACUACACCGGACUACAAAUUGACAGCCAUUACAGAAGAUCUCUCCAAAUACAAUGAAGAAGAUGAAAAAACAGAAUCGAAUUUAAAUUAUGCAGAGUGUGCAAGAUCCUUACUAAAACAAUCAGAUAUAUUAAAGGAAUAUUUUGAUAAAUGUAUGAUAAAAAUGAGCGAGAGUAAAAACUCGGAAAUUAAAAACAAGGUUGGCAUUGAAAUAGAUAUAUUGGCGCAGGGCUUACCGAUAUAUUUAGAAUUCAGAAAUAGAAUUAUAGAAGAGUCCUUAAAUGGUAUUGAAAGUAUAAAUAUUGAACAAACCCCAAUAGUUAUUGAUUCUGACAGUACUUCUAAUUGAUCAAUUGAAAGUGAUGUAAAAUUUUUAAAAGUCAAUCUUAAAAUAUAUUUUUUUGCUGACCGUACAUACAUAAGUUCUUUUCUAACCUUUCUUCGCUCGAGAACUGUCGUUUUCGAUUUGCUUCGUCAAAGUUUCAUUACUUACUGUUAUUUGGUAACAGAUGUUUAUUGGUUGGAAAUAAAAAUAAAACUGUGGUCUUUAAUAUAAUUUAAUGAAAAUAAAAAAUGUCAAAUUCUGACUUGUGUACAUUUAUAAACUUAUAAUAAAAAUAAUACAAAAUUACUUUCUAAAGAAAAAAAUAUUUUUUUUAAAUAAAUACUGUUUGUAAAGAGAGCAUUUACAGAAAUAUAAAAUAUAUUUUUUAUUUCUUAAUUUUAUUUACUAACUAUAAAUUAUAUUGAGCAUUUUAAAUUAGUUAUUAUUUUGGAACCAAAUAAAUUAUUUAUUAUAAACUUAAUACUUAAAAGUUUACCCGAUUUACUCCUGUUAUUAGCACCAUUUAUCAGCUGUAAUCAGUACAUAAUAAUAAUUGCUAAAUACUAAAUACCCACAACCAAAGAGCUUAACGUUGGGAACAACCAAUCAGGAUGAAGAAUUUGAAUAAUAUAUUUU